UUUGGAGCUGUUAGAGCCACUUGCAGUCGUGCGCAGGCAUCGCCAGGGCACACCGUAGCAGUAGUAGCACCACCAGCACCAGCACCAAGCUACGACGCACUCGAGAGGUUCUUCAUAGCCUGGUAGCCCUCAGAGUCCGGACAGUAGUAGCAGCAGUAGCAGCACCACCACAGCACAGCAAUCAAACGCCUUCAGGCCGAGCCGCAGUGAUGCAGCUGUACCGCAGUUGGAGUAGCGCCACGGCGCUCACCGCCCUAGUCGUCCUGGUGUGCGCUACGACGCUGGCGCUGGCGGCACCGAACGUGCGCGUCAAGCGUGGCGAAGCAGGCGACACCGCAGUCAUCACCGGAGCCGAGGCGCUCGCCAACCCGCUCACAUCCGAGGAUGCGGUGGCCAUCGGAGACGACCUUGACCGAGACAAGCGCAAAGUGCCCGACCCGAAGUACGAAACCAAGAACGCCAUCCUCGGGUUCGUGUUUGGAAAGAUCAACUCGUUCAUCGACGCGAAGACGCGGUUCAUCGACAAGCUUGACCACGCGAACAUCGAGAAGAACAAGCAGCACCACAUCGAGCCACCGAAGCCGGUGCCGGACUUCCAGUCGCUGAUCUCGUCCGUCAUCACGCCGAAGGUGCAGUUCAUCACGUCGAAGAUUGGCUCGCUCAGUGGCAGCUUCCUGGGCGGCUCGUCCGGCGGCGGCGGCGGCCAUGGCGACGGUGACGACGGGCACGGUAACGGCGGUGGCGGCUCGGGCGCCCCGCAACUCGGAAACAUCGUGUCCUCGCUGCUGAAACUGUCCGGCCCGAUCCUGUCCGGGUCGUCCGGCUCGCAGCACGGCGGUUCGAACACGGUCUCGCUCGGCGACCACGACGAUGAUGACGAGUAGACGACGGCGAAAGGCGGCGGUGGCUACGGGGCAAGAAACACCCACGCACACACCCACGAUCAUCAUCCUCAUCCCGUAGUGCACAGACACACAAACAUACGCCCAUCAUCGGAAGUGGCUAGUGGCUGUUAUUUAUGAUGCGACCAGCCGAGGGAGUUCAAGACAGACCGAGAGAGAGAGGGAGAGAGAGAGAGGAGAGUGAGAGAGAAAGCGCACUAACUAUAGAUGGUACUGUGAGACAGUUCCCCAGGACUGUUCAGCGGCCCUAGCGGCCGCCGGGAACUACAGGCUGAGCAAAGACUCCUCAGCUGAUUUGCGGUUCGCUUUGGGUUUCUUUUUUUUUCUUAUUUAAUUUUCCAAUUUUUACUCCUCAUUUUCCGAUUUCAGUGGCUUCAGGUAGUCAGGCCGCUUUUGGUUGAUGUUGUUGUGGUUGUUGUACUGUCUGUGACUCGGUAGUCCUUGUUACUCACUGGUCCCACUCAGAGGUUUCUCGAUACUCCAACCGAAGGUCAUUUUGUGGACCUUUUGCGCACAGUUUGUUUGCUGUCUUCAGUGGCCCAGUUGUUGUCAUAUUGUUUGCCCUCUUGCCCUUUUGUUUUAAAUCGAUCGAUUUAGUUUUGAGCUUAUGACAACACACAACACUCUCUCUCUUUAGACUUUAGACAAACAUCCUGUUGUUUUACUUCUUCUUUCCUAAUUUUUCUUUUCUUUUUGUUCUAAUUGUUUGACCGAUACCGAAAGGGUGUUGGUGGGAUUGACGCGCCAAGGACGCGCCAAUACACGGUAGUAGUAGCAGUAGUAGUAGUAGGCAGAAAGGCCGGAAAAUGGGGCUAAACGUUUGAAAGU